GUCAAUAUUAAAAAAUAUAAUCAAUUAUAGAAUCAUCAUACGUUAACUCAUCAGACAUCACACGUGAAGUUCAAGCUUCAUCACACUCAUAUGAAACAAGUUAUAUCUUAAGAACUUUCAACCAAAGUCAACAACAGAAGCUUCUAAAAACGAUUUGUGACAGAAGCGUAAAGACUUUCAACCAAAGUCAAAAUAAGAGAACAAUUAUAGAAUCUAAAAACAACAAAAGUUACAUGUAUCGAAUAUUAAGACUAAUCAAAAUCACGAGGCUUGACCCAAAACACCAACAUAUUAUCCCAACCAAAAACGUGAAAUUGAAAAACGAAAUUAAAUUUAUCGAGAACUCAAGAGAAAAUUGAGUACCUCGGAUUGAUUAUUUUAUGACUAAAGAGAUGGAUUGGUUUAUCAAUUUUGAAGAAUCGCAAAGCCAUUUAUAUAGGAACUGGUAUAUAGGGUUUCAAAUUUGAAUCGAUGAUGAGAAUCAGUGAGGAUAUUUGAUUACGGGGUUAAGGAAAAGAUAUAUGAAACAAUAUUACGGGAUGAUGAGAUUUCGGAAAGGUUUGGUAGAGGAUUUCGCAGAGAAUCUCGGUGUUAGGCUGUGUAAUCGAAAAGAAAAUGGAAAGGGAUUAGGGUUGAAAAAGUUCGGGUUUCGGGAGUAACCAAUCGGAUCUCGGGUUUUUACCCGACCCGACCCGACACCCGUUGUACCAAGAAAACAUGACCCGAUCGGUAUAUUUAGAGGAUCUGAACCCGGCCCGAAACCGGUUUUAUCGGACCGGGUUCGGUUCAGGUUUUCGGGUUCGGAUUUAUUGCCCAGACCUAGCAUUUAAGAGGGCAAAGACCAUACUUAGAGCCUUGAUUUCUUAUUGUUGUACUCUUGUCUUUUCAGAAUAGAAUAAAUGAUCUUCAACACCCUUAUUCUUAUGCAGGGCGACCCAUGUCUAUAAUAGGCCCUAUUCAAAUGUUCGGUAAUGUGCCCUUUUUCUAUUAUAAUUUUUUUUAUAAAACUUUUACUAUGUUGAAAAAGGGCCCUAAGCCAUUGCUUACUCUGCAUGUGCUCUGAGCCGUGCAAUUUUACUCACGCCAGAUUUCAAAAAGUGAGACAUGCCAACCAUGCAUAAUAGCUUGAUUAUGGAAACUUGUCAUCACCAGCAGUCUUAAACCAUCACAGAGUAUCAUUUCAGCUAGUUGGAGAAUGAAAUUUAGUCCCAUUCUAAAUAUUUUGAAAUUUGGUUUGGAAAUGGUUCCAUUUUUUUUUUAAUUCAGAUAUAAUAACACAUCAUAAGCUAUGUUGAACCAUACUUAAUUAGAUUUGGUUCUAAUUCGGAUUUUGGUUAUCCGAAUACUUAUUUUUGUUUUUCACAUUGAAAAUAUGCAAUUUAAUUUACAACCUUGGAAAGUUUAAGCAAUCUAAACUAACAAAGAUUUGAUGGUAUAAUUAAGAAGUAAGUUUUAAGAGAAGAAAAACAUAACAAGUUAAAACUACCAACUAAUAACUCUAUGAACGUAUGAAACAUUAUUUAAAAUUCAAAAUAAAAUAACAUUGUGGAAACUUCAGAAAAAGUUAUUCAUAAUCGAACUUCAAAAGCAAUUGUCAAAACAUAAAAAUCUCAAUAUUUGACCAAAUACCAAAAAUAUACAUUUAACUGAGUAUAUGAGAUAAUUAUUCAUGUUGUAGAUACUUAUUGUGAUUAUUGAGUAUUUUGGCCACUUAUUCAGGAUUGAGUUUGGGUUUGGUAUGAAGUUUUUAUGGGGUUCUGAAUUUUUUUAGGUUUCUUUUGGAUAUUCAUCUAUACUAUUAUCUGUAAAGUGGUUUUUCGCAACGAAAUUUUGACGUUAAAAGUUAGAGUGGUUAAUAUCGUUUAUACCCUUAAUGAAUAAAAUAUAUAAAUUACCUACAAAUAGAGAUGUCAAACUGGGUAUUGGACCGCGGGCCUGGCCCGUUAGGGAUUGGUGCAGGGGGGUUCGGGCCUAGGGAUUCAUUACCCGCAAAAUAGCGGUCCUUGCGGGACUGGGCUUGUGCGGUACCGGGUUUAAAGCGGGACGGCCCACCUCAACCGUGGGACGGCCCACAUCAACCGUGGGACGGCCCACAUCAACCGUAUCUCGAGGCUUCGCUGUCUUCACCUGAAAAAAAAAGAGUGAACCACCGGAGCUUCUUAUCUUUUCGAUCAACCACCGGAGAUUCUCUUCUUCCUCGAGCCUCCACCGGAGCUUCUCUGCUUCAUCAAGCCACCACCAGAGCUUCUCUUCUUCAUCGAUCUCCCACGGCAUGCCGUAGCUUCUCUUCUUUAUCGGGCCACCACCUUCUCCUCGUCACCGACCAAAAGGUAUAUAUUUUCUUCCUCUCAUGAACUCUAGACUUUAUAUAUUUUGAUUACUAUUUCUGCAUGUGUACUUUGUAAAUGAUAAACUGAUGCAAAGGAUCCAAGUCCAGAACCUCCUGAAGCAAAAAUAAACUGAAGGUUAAAAAAAAAUAUGAGAGGUAAAAAAAAACAAACUGAGAGGAAAUCUGUUGAGAGGCUUGUCGCAGUGAUUGACACAGACUCUUCGAGAGAAUUUUCUAUUGAAAAGGGGCAAGGUCCAUGUCUCAAAGAUAUUCCCAGCGUUGCUUACAAGGUAACGAGGAAGACGUCUGAUGAAAAUUUAAAGUUACUGCACACAAUUCUAUUUGCUAGGAGAGGGAAGGCUGCUCAGAUCAAGACAAACAUAUUGGGCUUCUCAGGCUUUGUUUGGCAUGGAAAUGAGGAAAAGGCAGAAGAGAAAAUAAAAGAGAAGCUUGACAAAUGUAACAAAGAAAAACUGUGGGAGUUUUGUGAUCUGUUUGACAUACAUAUUACCAAGGCUACAACAAAGAAGGUCAGUAUGCACAUGAAAGAGAUUUUGCUAUUAUCAAGUCAGCAAGAAGACUAAGCUAUAUGUAGUUACAGCCUAGUCAACUAAUCUAUAUAUGCAUAUAACAAUGAUGCAUAUCAGCUGAAAGACUAAUCUCCAUAGCUACACGUACACGUAUUGUUUCUUCUCGGUAUUGUGCUUGAUAAUAAAAUUGUGCUUGAUAAUUAAAUUGUGCUAGACACGUAUACGUACACGCAUUGUGCUUGAUAAUUAAAUUGCCAAAUACUUGUGUUGUGUCUUCAUGGUAUUCCUAUAAGAUUAGAAAUAGAC